AAGGGGGAAGGCACAAAGAAAUUUGCUGCUUUAGUCAGAGAUGGUGCUUUAACUCACUCCAAAGAGCGAACAUAAUUCAGAUGGAUUCAAAAGCACAUCCCGGUCAAUAGCUUGUUACUUAUUCAUCUCGAAAAGCGGAGUUGAAUUCUAUUUUGAUGUGGAAGUUUUUUGUCAGCUGCCUGCUAGUUAGCUAGCAAUCUGACUUUAACGCGACGAGUUUGCCUCAGUUCCUUUCUGGUCGUAUACGCUACCUUGGCCAACUUACUAACUACUUAAUUUGUACUGGAUUUCCUGGAGAAAUGAACACCCAAUUCCACACGACAGAGUUUCCCAGAAAGCAUUGCGGAUGUCAAGGUCACAAUGAUGGAGCAGAGUAGAGAGGCACUUUGAUCUGUGGCUGAUGCCAUCAGAGGGAUUGUCUGGUUUUUAAGUCUGGCAGUGGAUCGUGGCAGAUUUGGCACAGGCCUGAGGGUAUGUUGAGACGUCUAGCAGGACCAGAGAAGAGGCGUCUAGGUGGUUCGGACGGGGACUGAAGGUGAGGAGGAAAGACAGACGAGGGACCAGGGAGGAAGACAUGGGUCAGUGUGUCACCAAGUGUAAGAAUCCAACGUCCUCACUCGGCAGUAAGAGUGGAGACAAGGAGAGCGGCUCCAAGUCCCACCACAAGAAAGGAGGCAGCGGUGGGGGCCACAAAGACGAGCCCAGCGCCCCGUGUAGCAAAACCACCAGCGAGCUGUCGAAUGGCACCAAGGCCUUGGAGGUUACAGUGGAGACACCCGUCAUCCCCGCAGCGAUGGGAGAACCGCGCAAGGACGAGAAUCUGGAUGGAGAUGGGCUGUCGUUGCUGCGCAUUGAGGAGCUGUUCUGCUGCUACAAGGAUGAACAGGAAGAUGCCAUCCUGGAGGAGGGCAUGGAGAUGUUUUGCAAUGACCUGUGUGUGGACCCAGCAGAGUUUCGGGUGCUUGUUCUUGCCUGGAAGUUUCAAGCAGCCACCAUGUGCAAAUUUACAAGGAAGGAGUUUGUUGAAGGCUGCAAGGCCAUCCAGGCAGACAGCCUCGAGGGUAUCUGCUCACGUUUCCCUGCCAUGCUGCUGGACGCCCAAGGUGAGGAGAACUUCAAGGACCUCUACCGCUUCACCUUCCAGUUUGGCCUGGAUGCUGAGGAAGGCCAGCGCUCACUGCAGCGCGAAAUCGCCAUCGCCCUGUGGCGCCUGGUGUUCACCCAGGACUCGCCUGCCAUCCUCGAUCAUUGGCUGGAAUUCCUAGCAGAGAACCCCUCAAGUAUUCGGGGCAUCUCAAGGGACACGUGGAACAUGUUCCUCAACUUCACCCAGGCUAUCGGGCCCGACCUGAGCAACUACAGCGAGGACGAGGCCUGGCCCAGCCUCUUUGACACCUUUGUGGAGUGGGAGUUGGAGCGCAGGAAAAAAGAGGAGGAACAGGCACUGAUGGCGAAGGAGGAAGAGGGGACGUGUACUGAGACAGAGUGUUCUCCCACCACAGAUAGACUUGAAACAGAGGGAAGCCGCGGCUCACAGACGUGGGGGGGCCACUGACCAGGAAUCAAGAAAUAUUUGUAAGGGAGAGAAGGAUGUGAUCUACAUCUGAACUGUACAUCUGUGAAUCAUUGGAUGAAUAUUAGUAUUAUCAUUACAGCUGUUCAUUUUGCUCUCCUUUUCUGUUGGGGUGGGAUUCCUGCUUUGCACCCUCAUUUUUUUGGUUUUCGAAAGGGCUCUAUGAACUGUUAUGUUUUAAGCACUUCUAUUUAAGUUAUUGUUUUACUUUUUUUCCCUGCUCCCAUGUGUGUUUUUAGUAAUUGGACAUGUGGUCCAUUUUAACCCCCACCUACCUACCAUAGCCCAGCAGAGUUAGAUCAGUAAAAGCUUGGUUUUAAAAAACAGGCAACAGAAAGCCAUAACCUUUUCCCACAAUUAUCAUAUAGACAGUUCAUUUUGACCUGGUAACACUGCUGAUGUUUUGUGUAAGGAAAUAGUUAUUAAUAAAGAAGAAGGGAAAUUUGGCAACAUGUCCACAAAAAAUUUCUUAUCAUCAAAACAUGAGAUUUACAAUAAGGGUCAGUGAAAUCAUCUUGAUCGGACUAAUCUAGUUAGGUCGUAUGCUUUUAUCUUGCAGUGCUGGGAGGAUGAAUCAGUUGCACUUGUGUUGCCCUCACAACUGUGGGCCUGCAAUUUACACGGCAAACAGUAACGGAUUACAAUUCUGUCACAAGGGCAUUUUGUUUUUUAAAGAUAAUACAAAGUUGUAAUAUCCAUUUUAAAACCCCCAAGUUGGUUUCCAUGGUAACAUACCCACCCUCUCUUCUGUGUUGAGUGUUUUUGAGUGCUGCUAGUGCAGUGAGCGGCUUAGCUUGUUUAAGCAGCUGGCUGUGCUUCCCUUUUUGACACCGAGCAUCCACCUAUCAUUUUGAUGUCCACCUAUUUUCAAGAAGCAGUUAAGUGUGUACAACACAAUGAUGCUGGCUUUCUUUCUCAAGAUGCCUCGUUGAUCUCAUUUUAGGAAGUCUGUGACACAACAAAUCGGCUACAUCAAGGUCUUGGUCAUUUCUCAAUCAGCGAUGCCUAAACCUGCGUUACAUUCAGGACCGUUACACUGGGCGCUUCAUAAAGCUUAUAUUGUUUACCUGCAGGGUUUUUAAGAGUCUUCACAUCCUUGAACUGCUAUCAAAAAAAAAAAUGUGUGCGCACUUCACAAAUAAUGUCGAGUGCUGCUGGUGAUGGUUGUAAUGGAUUGCACAAGAACCAAUGGCAUGCUUAGUCGCUAUACUUGCAACGCUUUGCAGAGAGAUUGAUGUCAACCACAUUUUUUUCUCCCAUUUUUUUUUCUCCAAGCUGUAGAUUGAUCUUAAGUAUAGCCCAGGGUGUUUUUGGGAUGAGUGAAUGAGCGUUAACUAGACUGGCUAAUCAAGAGUCUGUGGUAUGGGUCCAGUGUGGUAAGAGGGUGGCCAUAACCUGAUCUGUUUGGUUUACAUCUAUAAUGAUUUUAUUUCAGACCCCCUUUUUUCCUUUUUUUUUAUAUAAAAUGUAUUGAUUUAUAAUAAAUAAAAACAGUGUUGAACUUUUGACUGUUGACCAUG